AUGUUGACAUUGCGCCUUGGUCGAACUUUGGCAUUCGCGGCAGGCCUCACAGCCAUUGCUUCCAGUUCAGUCACACCAGAUGUUAUUAUAAGCGCCCGCAGUGCUCCUGGUAUGUCAGUGUCGGAUACGUACCAAGCUCUAGGAAGGGCUUUAUACCAAGCAAAGGUAAUGAAACGAAAGGAUGUCUUCAAGAAUAGUACGUCAAUAGCGAAGAGCUGGGUUGACGCUACCUUGUUCAGCUUUGAGCAUGCAGCAACAAAAGAUACUGGCAAAGGCAAUAUUACGACGAAGGCUGGAAUCGCGAUCACUUGUUCAACUUGCUACGUCAAGGCCAAGGCCACUGCGCAACUGACCGUAGACGGCGAUUUCAACGUAACCACUGCGUUCCACAAUGUAACAGACCAGAUUGUUGAUGAGUUUGAGAAUGUCACUACCACAGUUGUUCAGUAUUUUAGCAACGUAGCAACAAAGCUCAGUGAUGGUUUCGAUCCCGAAGACUUCGCGCUCCCGCCGAUUGGCGUCGACUUCGAGAUAGACAUGCCGCCAAUCCCUGAGUCCACAUUGUCCUUCCAAUUCGAUGACCUGGAGUUAUACGUCCAACUUGAUACAGUCUUGAAUGGUGCUAUGACAUACAGUCUAAACCUUUAUACCUCAAACAGCCCGAUCGGUGUUUCAGUCGGCGAUUCUUUGCAAGCGGGCGUGUUUUUUACGAUCGACUUGGUCCUGAGUGCAGAAGCCGAGAUCGACAUAAGCAGUGGGUUCCAUAUCAAGCUUGACGACGGCGUUGCUUUGGAAAUUGCGCUCUUUGGCAAGAAUGUUUCCGACACCACCUUCAAUGGAGGGACAUUCGAAUUUCUCCCCGUGACCAUCAAAGGUGCUAGUGGUGUUCUCAAAGCUGUUUUGCAACUUGGCGUGACAGCUGGCUUCAAUCUAGACCCACCAUCAUCCCUCCCAAAUGCCAUCUUCGACGUCAGCGCUGGCGUUAUGGUUGGAGUAUUUGCUACGAUCGCUGAGUUCACGACGAACAUCACUGCAGCACCGGCCGGGGAUGACAGCGGCUGCGCAUUACGCGUGGAGGAAACCUAUCAACUUGCUGUUGGCGCCGCUGCCGGCGCCACGGUCGCAAUUGGGGAUCACACAUGGGGACCAACUCCAAAUACUACAAUCCCGGUGUUUUAUACGACAAUUGCCGCGGCUUGCGCAAGCACCAAAACUGUGACUGCAACUACCACAGCCUCCUUAGCCGUCAGAGCUGAUGGAAACUCCCUAACUGUGAAGACGCUCACUACGCCGGUGACAUUUACCGGCGUCCAGUGCUUAUCGACAGGCCUGGUCAUUUGCCCUGCUUCUCUGCAGAUAACCGCAAUUACUUCUUCCAUCAAGUCACUGAUUACAACUGUACCAUCUGGUAUAGACCCCACGUUUCCGGACUCCGUCCUAUCCUCCGUGCCCUCCACGAUCGCCUUCGGAACUGCCGCCAAUGGUCUCAUUUCGAGCACCGGGGCGCCCACUUCCUUUGUCCCUAGCCCAUCUGCUGAUCCCAGUGGACCGUUAGGUUUCAUAAAUGGUGUUGAUAAGCGCAUUAUCAUCGGCGUUUCCGCUGGCGUGGGAGGUGCUCUUCUCCUUGCCAUAAUUGGUUGUUGCUUCGCGUCACCAAGCUCUUAUAGCUCCGGCUACGGUCAAAAGAAGGAACCCAUGGUUCAUACUCGUGUUGACCACGCCUAUUAG